GAGGACUUGAGCGUAAAACCAAAAAGAAAACAUUAGAUUGCGUCUGAGGAGGGGAGGCAGGAGAUUCGGGAUUCCUUGUUUAGCACGGGAAAGGGGAAAAAGCAGAAGAUUGUAAAAUGCAAACUCGGAGGCUGUAGGAAGUGUAGGGUAUACGGGAACCAUUCAUACCCCAAUAUGUUUGAUUAAAUUCUUGAGGUGAGGUGAAAGAGCUGUAGGGAAACCGAAAUAUCGAAUUGUUACAGAGAUGGCGAAUGCGCUGGAUCAUCGAGCGAGAAGAUCGAGAUGGCAAGGAACCUCCAUGGGAUCCAUUACUCUCGACCUCAAACCUGGAUUGGCCCUCGGCCCUUUCACACUCGGUAUUCCAAUUUGUGAAGCCUUUGCUUAUAUUGAACAAAAUCCAAGCAUUUAUGAUGUGGUGCAUGUGAAGUACCAUGAUGAGGAGCCUUUGAUGUUGGACCUUGUUGUCAGUUUUCCUGAUCAUGGAUUUCAUCUUCGAUUUGAGUCUUCUUCACAGCGGUUGCGUCUUAUUGAAGUAUUUGACGUGCAGAGACUGCAAAUGCGCUAUGCAAAUUCUUUCAUCGGGGGACCUAAUACACUAGCUACAUUUGUAGCUGUUUAUGCUGUCUGUGGACCAACUUUUCCGGGAAGUUAUGAUGUAGACAGGGGAAUGUAUACUCUUUUCUACCCAGGCUUGUCAUUUGCAUUUCCAAUUCCUCCUUUGUAUAAGGACUAUUUGUUGGACCGGAAAGCGGAACUGCCUUUAGAGUUUCCAGAUGGAACAACUCCAGUAACCUCCCGUGUAUGCAUAUAUGAUAAAUCUAGUGGAAGUAACAUUGGUGUGGGUGUUGGAGCUUUAUUAAAAAAAGCUGUACCACCUCCAUUGCCUGUGGGAUCUUUAUAUAUGGAGGUGGUUCAUGCCAAGCUAGAUAAAGAAAUUUGGUUCACUGUUGGGGGGCAGCAUAUUCCUUUUGGAGCUUCACCACAGGAUGUUUGGUCUGAGUUGGGCAUUCCUUGUGGGAUUCAUCAAAAACAGGUAGACCAAAUGAUGAUUCACUCUGCUUUGGAUGCUCGUCCAAAGACAACAAUGUGCAGAGACUAUUUUUACAAUUAUUUUACUCGUGGGUUAGAUAUAUUAUUUGAUGGGCAGACACAUAAAAUCAAGAAAUUUGUGUUGCAUACAAAUUUUCCGGGACAUGCUGAUUUUAACUCAUACAUCAAAUGCAAUUUUAUGAUCCAGUGCCCACCUUCAUUUACUGAACAGGAAGAGGCAAACACCCACGAGCAUUGCAUUACAUCAAAUACAAAGUGGAGUCAGGUUCAGGAACUUCUAGGAGAUGCUGGACGAGCUGCCAUUCAGACUCAAGGUUCAACAAUUAAUCCUUUUGGAUCGACCUUUGUCUAUGGGUAUCGAAAUAUAGCAUUUGAGGUAAUGAGGAAUGGGCACAUAGCUACUGUAACUCUAUUUCAAUCAUGAUUGAAUGUAAGGCGUGUUACAGCAUAUCUGCUUUCUGUUGCUAAGUGAUUGAUGGACACUGGAUUGUUGUUCAGAUCUAUCGUCUUGAUUCUACUGAUUUGGUGAACAUGGUUGAAUCUGGAUACCUCUUUAUACAGUGUAUUCUAAUGCUAUUGAUGCUGUAUAUGAUGUGAAGGAUUAGGAAUAUGACUGAAUACUGUUGAUGUGAAAUAUAAUGUACGGGGUGUUGUGUGGAUAUAAUUUAUGUACAGUAAUUAAUCUUUUAUGCAACACUUCUGUGGCAUAUUAUAUAGAUGAGAUGUAUACAUCAUUAGUAUGGGGUAUGCCAAGCUUGCUGCCCUCUAAAAUCAAAUCACUCUGUUCGAUAAUAAAGAGGUGGUUUGUGUUGCGUGCUUCUCUACUGUAUAUAAGGAUUUCAAAAUGGCCUGUAUAAGAUUGUAACAGCUUUUUAGGCUCUAGGCAUCUGGAAUUGCUUGCCUCAGAUGACCAAAAAGGAUACCUGAUUUCUUUCAUCAUUCCUGCAGUUAUGCAAAUAACUGAAAAAUAGAUGUAUUCAUGCAAAUUGGAUGUUCCAUAAUAGAAUUCAACAACUGCUGUCUUCAUCA